CGCGCGCGAUGCUGCCCUGGACGGCGCUGGGCCUGGCCCUGAGCCUGCGGCUGGCGCUGGCGCGGAGCGGCGCGGAGCGCGGCGCCCCCUCCUCAGCCCCCCUGGGGGACCUGCUGUUUCUGUUGGACAGCUCGGCCAGUGUGUCUCACUACGAGUUCUCUCGUGUCCGGGAGUUUGUGGGACAGCUGGCAGCUCUGCUACCUCUGGGCCCCGGGGCCCUGCGUGCCAGCCUGGUCCACGUGGGCAGCCGGCCACACACGGAGUUCCCCUUUGGCCAGCACAGCUCAGGCCAGGCCAUCCGGGACGCCAUCCGCGCCGCGGUCCAGCGCAUGGGGGACACCAACACCGGUCUGGCGCUGGCCUACGCCCAGGAGCAGCUGUUUGCAGAGGGGGCCGGUGCCCGGCCAGGGGUGCCCAAGGUGCUGGUGUGGGUGACGGACGGCGGCUCCAGCGACCCCGUGGUGCCCGCCAUGCAGGAGCUCAAGGACCGGGGCGUCACCAUCUUCAUCGUCAGCACCGGCCGCGGCCACCUCCUGGAGCUGUCGGCCGCCGCCUCGGCCCCAGCCGAGCGGCACCUGCGUUUUGUGGACGUGGACGACCUGCACCUCAUCGCUCAGGAGCUGCGGGGCUCCAUUCUCGAGGCAAUGCAGCCGCAGCAGCUUCGUGCCUCCGAGGUCUCGUCCAGCGGCUUCCGCCUGGCCUGGCCGCCCCUGCUGACCGCUGACUCCGGCUACUACGUGCUGGAAGUGGUGCCCAGCGCCGGCCCUGAGGCCGCCAGACGCCUGCAGCUGCCCGGGAACGCCACGGGCUGGUCCUGGGCCGGCCUGGAGCCCGACACGGACUAUACCGUGACGCUGCUGCCGGAGUCUAGCGCGGGCCCCUCGAGGCCGCAGCAGCUGCGGGUCCGCACGCUGCCAGAGGAGGCCGGGCCGCAGCGCAUCGUCAUCUCGCACGCCAGGCCGCGCAGCCUCCGCGUCAGCUGGGCCCCGGCGCUGGGCCCGGCCGCCGCGCUCGGCUACCACGUGCAGCUCGGGCCGCUGCGGGGCGGCGCGGCGCAGCGCGUGGACGUGCCCGCCGGCCGCAACAGCACCACGCUGCAGGGCCUGGCGCCGGGCACCGCCUACCUGGUGACCGUGACCGCGGCCUUCCGCUCCGGCCGCGAGAGGGCGCUGUCGGCCAAGGCCUGCACGCCCGACGGCGCCCGCAGCCGCGCCCCGCGCCCCGCGCUGCCCGCCGCUGGGCUCCGCGGGCCGUGAGCCGGCGGGCCGGAGGGCUCUGCCCCAGCCUGUUGUGAGGAACGCCUGCCGCCUGGGACGAGGUCGUAUGCCAGCGCCUGUUCCCGGCCCAGGGCUGGGCGCGCGGUGGCGUCCAACGGACCGCGUUUCGCCCGGAGGUGGACCGCGGCCCUGGGGCCAGCCGGGAGCGUGGACAGUACCGCCUGGAGCCCACGACCAGAGCCUGCACUUCGCGCGGUGUGAGGAGCCAGCCUGGGUUGCAGGGAGCUUGGUCUGACCACUAGGGUCCUGGGUGAUGAUGGAAAGUGGGUGGGGGGAGGGGAGGAUCACCCCCCCCCCAUGGCCCAGCAGAGGGGUGGUCACCAGGGUGCCCCAGCAGCUGGAAGGGCAGUGCAUGCUGGGGACUUGGGGCCCGUUUGCCCCUGCCGUGCUCAGAAGUCAGCGCUGGCAGGGAGACCCCCUGUCCCCCCCACCCUGUGACCUGCAGGGGCCGGGGAGAACCUGGCCCUGUGGCCGUGUCGGCUUGGCCUCACUGUGCCAGGACCACCGGCAACCACUCCGUGCUCACCCUGCCUCCCCCACUAACACCCAGACCUUCAAAUACAGCGAACCAGACAGGUGGUCUCCUCA